UUAAUAUUUUUCGUAAAAUACUAAAUCAAACCAAAAAUACAUACUCCUAGAAAGGACAACUCGUAGGACCCACCAACAAAACUUGCUAUAAAUAUACGAAGCUCCUUACUUUGAUCAACGAAGCCUCUCUCUCUUUCUUUAUCGCCUAUCAUCUUUUUCAGUUUGCCUUCAGACAUAUCUGAAACCCCAUAACUCAUAAAGCUUACUCAUUUUGCCAUAACUCUCACUUUCUUUUCCAAAGAAAAAAAAACAAAAAUGGUCGACGUUGAUCGGAGAAUGACCGGUCUCCGGCCAUCACACGCUGCGGGUCUCCGUCGUCUCUCAGCUCGCGCCUCUGCACCAACGACUCCAAGGGUCAGGAACAGUCUCGUAUCUUUCUCAUCUCUCGCCCACCAAGUAAUCUCACAUUUACACACUUCGAGGAUCCAAGUCCAACCGGGUCUAACCGACGCAGAGUUCGCCAGAGCCGAAGCCGAGUUCUCAUUCUCUUUCCCACCGGAUCUCCGCGCCGUUCUCGCCGCCGGCUUACCCGUCGGCGCUGGUUUUCCAGACUGGCGUUCUCCCGGAGCCCGUCUCCACCUCCGAGCGAUGAUCGAUCUUCCAGUCGCCGCCGUGUCGUUUCAGAUCGCGAGAAACACUCUCUGGAGCAAAUCUUGGGGCCCGAGACCGUCUGACCCGGAAAAGGCCUUACGGGUCGCGAGAAACGCUCUCAAGAGAGCUCCUUUGAUGAUUCCCAUCUUCGAUCACUGCUUUAUUCCUUGUAAACCGUCUUUAGCGGGUAACCCGGUUUUCUACAUCGACGAGACCCGGAUUUUUUGUUGCGGGUCGGAUCUAUCCGAUUUCUUCGAGCGUGAGUCUGUCUUCAGAGGAUCCGGGUUGUCUCCGGUUGUUCUCACUAAGCAGCGUUCUGUGAGCGAGAUAACCGCCGUGUCUUCGUCCUCGUCCUCGUCCAACUUCUCUCGAAUGAGCUUAGAUUCGGGUCGUGUUCACGGGUCGGACACACCGAGAUGGGUAGAGUUUUGGAGUGACGCGGCGGUGGAUCGUCGCCGGAGAAACUCGGCUUCUUCUAUAUCGUCGUCACACUCUUCAUCGCCGGAGAGAUACUUAGACUUACCGAGAUCCGAGACGCCGAAAUGGGUGGACGAGUACGUGAACCGGAUCGGGUCGGUUUUAAGAGGAGGCGGGUGGAGCGAAUCCGACGUAGAUGAUAUCGUCCACGUGUCGGCAUCUGGUUUCUUCGAGGAUGAGAUGGUAAUAUUAGAUAAUCAAGCGGUUUUAGAUGCUUUGCUUCUGAAAGCGGGUCGGUUCUCGGAGUCGCUCCGUAAAGCUGGUUGGAGCUCCGAGGAAGUGUCGGACGCACUGGGUUUUGAUUUUCGACCGGAGAAAGAGAGAAAACCGGUGAAGAAACUAUCUCCUGAGGUCGUUAAAAGAAUCGGGAAACUUGCCGACUCGGUUUCUCGGUCAUGAUAAUACUCCCCGACGAAAUUUCUUUUUCUUAGAUCAAAAAAUACCCUAAUACAUUAUAAAGUUUUCAAAAGGUCUUAGAUAUUUGUAAUCUUUUACCCACCCACAUAGGAAAAAAAGAAAAAAUCAUGGUUCUCAAAAUACGCUGAAUAGUAAUAAAUAAAUCUGGAAUUUGUACAUUAAAAAUACAGGGAUUCUCAAAUUAAUUUUCAAUUUUCUUUGGAA